AUGGGGAAUGGGUUACAUGAUACUGUUCUUGGUGUUGGCAUGGUAGAUCUGAAGUUUACUUCGGGCAAGAUCGUGCAAUUGAAGAACGUGUUGCAUAAACCUGGAGGGAGCCCUCUUGCAAGAGUAUGUCAAGUUCUUGUCGCGGCUACUCGCAACUUCAAUAAAGAUUUGCCAUGCGAUUCCACAGCUCUUUAUGAGUUCCUGGGUCAAGGUUCAGCAAUCCAAGGCAGCCGAAAAUUGGAGCAUACAGACGGGCUUAACUUCUUUGAUAGAGCUGCAAUUGUGACACCAUCUGGCUGUGAAUCUCCUCGCCAACUUAGUAGUUGGGAGAUCUGCACUGUAACUCAGGUGGAGGAGUUAAAGAUUCUGAUCAGGAUGUUGCCAAUCUGGUCUACGGUCAUACUAUAUUCUGCAGUUCAAGAACACAUGUUUUCGACGUUUAUAGAGCAAGGCAUGGUAAUGGAGAAACACGUCGGCUCUUUUGAAAUACCUGCUGCGUCCUUCCAGUCCGUACAAGUCAUCACUGUCCUUCUACUUAUUCCAUUCUAUGGACGAGUCCUCGUCGCGGUAUUCAGAAACUUCACUGGCAGGACGAACGACAUUUUUUUUGACACGCCUGUCGAGCGACUCGGACUGGGCUUAUUUUUGUCAAUGCUAUCAAUGAUGUCAGCAGCAGUGGUGGAGAGCAACCGGUUGCGGAUCGCACAGGAUAAAGGCUUGGUGCACCGUCAGGUAGCCGUUCCGAUGAGCAUUCUGUGGCAGGGACCACAGUACAUGAUGCUAGGAGCCGGCGAGGUGUUCACCAACAUUGGCUUAAGCGAGUUCUUCUAUAGUGAAUCACCAGACUCCAUGAGAAGCCUGCGCAUGGCUUUCUAUUUUGCCAACAUCGCGACUGGAAAUUACCUUAAUUCGUUCAUCCUGUCUCUUGUGCCGGUGUUCACAGCCAGAGGAGACAUUCCAGGGUGGAUACCUGGUAACCUGAAUGAAGGGCAUUUGGAUAGGUUCUACUUGAUGAUGGCUGGGUUGAGUUUCUUGAAUUUGUUGGCAUUUAUCUUCUGUGCUACUAGGUACACAAAUGUGAAAAGGCUUCAUAUAUAGUCCUGGUGUGAAAAGGUUAUGAUUUGGUACAACAUAAAAUCAAGUUCACGGGUAAGCUCUGUUGGAGCAGCAAGCAGACAACGCUAAUGCAGUCUCAGGAAAUCGCGGGGGAAGACCCAUUUACACAGUUGAGAAUUUGAGAUUUUCUCCAAUCAUGAACAUCUAGCAAAAUAUACUACCAUGUUCAGAUCUGAAUGUGGUAUCCAAGAUAAAGUAACUUAGUACCA